GGUGCUGCUCACUGUCAUGUACCUGCUGGUGGAGAACAUCCGCGUGGAGCAAGAGACGGAUCCCCCCGAGUGGAAAACCUGCCGGGAGACCUUCAGGACGGAGCUGAGUUUCCCCGUACACACGGAAGAGCCAUUUGCUCUUCUGCUCUUCACGAUGGUGACCAAGUUCUGCAGUGGCCACGCUCCGCACUUCCCCAUGAGGAAGGUUCUGCUCCUGCUCUGGAAGGUGCUUCUGUUCACGCUGGGUGGAUUUGAGGCCCUGCAGGAGCUGAAGGUGCAGAAGCGGGAGGAGCUGGGGCUCUGCACUCUCCGAGUUGCUGUGUUAUGGUCUGAGGAUGAAAAUGCACUUACUUUGCCCCUGGUGAAGCAAGACAGCCUGGACAUCUACAACGAGAGAGACCCCUUCAAAAAUGAUGAAGCAGGAGUCGAUGAAGAGGAGAACGAUGACAUGGACAACGGGAUCGAGGGGGAGCUGGACCUGAUGGAGCGGGAUGCGGUUAUCCCCAUGAUGCCGGCUCAGCGCCCGCCUAUUGAGAGGGUAUCAUUCCCCAAAGGGCUUCCCUGGGCCCCCAAAGUCAGGCAGAAAGACAUCGAGCACUUCCUGGAGGCAAGCAGGAACAAAUUCAUCGGAUUCACGCUGGGACAAGACACGGAGACCCUGAUAGGGCUGCCACGGCCCAUCCAUGAGAGCGUGAAGACCCUGAAGCAGCACAAGUACGUUUCCAUCUCAGACAUCCAGAUCAAGAACGAGGAGGAGCUGGAGAAGUGCCCCAUGUCUCUGGGGGAAGAGGAAGUCCAAGAAACCCCCUGUGAGGUCUUGUAUCGAGCGAUGUUGUACAACCUCCCCCAGUACAUGAUAGCUUUGCUGAAGAUCCUUCUGGCUGCAGCACCCACCUCCAAAGCCAAGACCGACUCCAUCAACAUCCUGGCAGACGUGUUGCCUGAAGAGAUGCCCAUCACCGUUCUCCAGAGCAUGAAGCUGGGGAUUGACGUGAACAGACACAAAGAGAUCAUCGUGAAGAGCAUCUCGGCUUUGCUGCUGCUGCUCCUCAAGCACUUCAAGCUGAACCACAUCUACCAGUUUGAGUACGUGUCCCAGCAUUUGGUGUUUGCCAACUGCAUCCCGCUGAUCCUGAAGUUCUUCAACCAAAACAUCAUGUCUUAUAUCACUGCCAAAAACAGCAUCUCCGUCCUGGAUUAUCCUCACUGCACAGUCUAUGAUCUGCCCGAGCUCACUGCAGAAAGCCUGGAAGCUGGAGACAACAACCAGUUCUGCUGGAGAAACUUAUUCUCCUGCAUUAACUUGCUGAGGAUCCUCAACAAGCUGACCAAGUGGAAGCACUCGAGGACAAUGAUGCUGGUAGUCUUUAAGUCAGCCCCAAUACUGAAGCGAGCUCUGAAGGUGAAGCAGGCCAUGAUGCAGCUCUAUGUCCUCAAGCUGUUGAAAAUCCAGACCAAAUACCUGGGCCGCCAGUGGAGGAAGAGCAACAUGAAAACCAUGUCAGCCAUCUACCAGAAGGUGCGGCACCGCAUGAACGACGACUGGGCUUACGGCAAUGAUAUUGAUGCAAGACCAUGGGAUUUCCAGGCAGAAGAAUGCACCCUGAGAGCCAACAUCGAAGCCUUCAACAGCCGGAGGUACGACAAGCCUCAGGACUCGGAGUUUGCACCGGUGGACAACUGCCUGCAGAGCGUGUUGGGACAGAGGCUGGAGCUCCCCGAGGACUUCCACUACUCCUACGAACUCUGGCUGGAGCGGGAGGUGUUUUCCCAGCCCAUUCGCUGGGAGGAGCUGCUGCAGUACCAGUGAGAGCAGCACCUUCACCUGCCCCCGUCCCACCUCGGUAAGGACUCAGGGUGCUACAGCCUGAGGAAAGGAAGA